AAAAAUUUGACGACGUCGUGUAGCAAAGUAGGAUUUGAAGCCCUACGUAAUCUGUUUUACAGGGAAAAUCUGUUUCCCUCCGCUCGCUUCGUUUCUCUAUCUCUCUGUCGAGUCGGUGACUCAGCCUCCACCACCACCGAGUUUGAACGAUUCCACCGCCAUGAAAGAAGACCUGGAAGAACAGCAACACGAGCUCAACUCAGACACUGCCUCUGCCGACUCUCACAAGCGAAAGCUGGAGGAUAACAUUCUGCUCGCCAAGCAGAAAGCUCAAGAAAUUGCCGCUCGGCUCGUCAGCAAUGCCGAGUCAAAGCGCCCUCGACUUGACGACGAUUCUUCUGAGGCCCUCCCCCCCUCCAACUCCAACUCCAACUCUAACUCAGUCUCUAACCCUCCCUUCCCUGUUUUCUUUGCUGCUCAAGCACAUGCUCCACAAGGGUCAAGCAGGAAAAUAAGUAUUCCAAAUGGCAAGGUUGGGUUGAUUAUUGGUAAAGGGGGAGAAACAAUAAAAUACCUACAACAUCAAUCAGGAGCAAAAAUUCAGAUAACCAAGGACUCAGAAGCUGAUCCUUAUUCACUGACAAGAGAUGUGGAAUUAACGGGUACAUCAGAGCAGAUUAGUAGAGCAGAACAGCUUAUCAAUGAUGUUAUAACACAGACAGAUGCUGGGGGCUCUGCUUCAUCUGCAAACCAUGGAUUCAGCUCUGUUCAAUCUGGAGCAGAGCAGUUUAUCAUGAAAGUUCCUAACAACAAGGUUGCUUUGCUCAUUGGCAAGGGAGGAGAGACUAUAAGAAAUAUGCAGAGCAAGUCUGGGGCUCGUAUCCAGAUUGUACCAUUGCACCUUCCUCCUGGUGAUACAUCAACAGAGAGAAAUGUGCAUAUAGAUGGACAGAAAGAGCAAAUUGAUGCAGCCAAAGAAUUGGUCAAUGAAGUAAUUAGUGGGAAACGUUUAGUGAAUGCGUCUGGUGGAAAUAGCUAUGUGCAACCUGCUUACACCCCUCCUGCUAAUUGGGGCACUCAAGUACAACCUCCAAUGCAGCAGCAACAGCCUCAAUAUGAUUACACUCAGUCUGGAAGUUAUAUUACACCUCCUGCGUCUGCCUCAUACUAUAGUGGCUAUCCUACCCAAGUAGCAGGUUGGGAUCAGGCAAACCAAUCAACCGUCUCCCAGCCACCUCAGCAAAGCACUGGAUAUGGGUACUAUGGUCAACAAGAUGGUUACUAUGGUCAACAAGCUCAGUUAGGUUCAACUCCACAAAAUCCUGAUUACAGCUACAAUCAAACACUACCCAACUAUAGUUACGAUCAGAGCUACUCUCAUCAGUCAGCGAAUUAUGGGCAUAAUAUCCCAAGUCAAGCUGCAGUACUUGAUCAACCAAAACAAAACCAUUCCUUAGGAUAUGGACCACCCCCGGUGCCAUCAAACCUGAAUGGAACUUCUUUCUCUCAAACUGCUCAGCAAUCACCUGGUGCUCAUCAUCAUGCUCAUAGCCAGCCAAUGGCUAAUCCUCAGGCUGGGUACUGGACUUACCCAAACAGCACAAACCAACCUCCAUCUCAAGCUUAUAAUCAAACGGGUUACUUCCAACCAAGUUAUGGUGGGGACCAGCAAGCCCAGGUCCCUCCAGCAUCGCAGUCAGAGUAUGGAGAAGGUGGGUAUCCUUUUCAGUCAGCCCCUGAACCUGCACCAGCCAGUUAUGUCCAAGAGACACAGCAUCCUGAUCAUGAAGAGCCGCAGCUGGAGCAACAAAGCAAUAGGCUUGAUGAUACCUACCCGAGGGCUACUGGAGAUCAAAAAACUUCUGAUGGGAAUUUGGUCGAAGGCUCUGCACCUGUUGUGCAGGAAACUCGCAGUUCUCCAAGCUGAAGUUGGAGCUAGAAGAGGGUGUAUUCUUACUCUUAAUUGUCCGACCUCAUUUUGUUUUUCUGUGAUUGGUUUUUAUUUCAUAAUGCUUUCAUAUACCGUCUUUGUUGUCCAAAGCCUUUCAUACAUACAUAGUUCUGACAUCUCAUUUUCUGUUAAGAUAUUAUUUGAAAGCAAGCAUCAGCACCUGGUUGAAGAAAUUCAAUAAGCUUUUAAGUUU